GAUUCUUCAAAUCCAACGUCACAUCCAAUAUUGAAUCUGAGAAGGAAAGCUGAAUCUUUACAAUCAAUUCUCAUCUUCUUUCUCUCCAUCUAUUUCUGUGGUUCAUCACACAAACAGAGAGAGAGAUUCCUUUGAAGGUUAGAUUCUCCACUUGAAACCCAUAUUUUUAGUUGGACUCUGUUUUGCCAAUCCUCUGUUUCCUGAACAGAGUAUCUUAAAGGCCCCUGCUUUGUUUCACUUUCUCCACAAAGGCUUCAUUUUUAUAGAAUAACUCUCCAAAUUUUUCAUCACAGAAAGACAAAGAGAGAUAACUUUCAAGAAUCACCGAGACUUGUUAAGACAAAUCUGCAGGUGGUGCUUGUCUGAUGGGUGAAGAGACAAUCGCAAACGAUGAAAAUGUUGCCAAGACAAAACCAAGCCCAAAGCUGACACUAUUGCCUCUAGUGUUUCUGAUAUUCUAUGAAGUUUCUGGUGGCCCUUUUGGUGUGGAGGACUCUGUUAAAUCAGGUGGUGGUCCUCUCUUAGCCCUUCUAGGCUUCCUAAUCUUCCCUCUCAUUUGGAGCAUACCCGAAGCUCUGAUCACAGCAGAGCUCGCCACAAGCUUCCCGGAGAACGGUGGCUACGUGGUUUGGAUCUCUUCAGCGUUUGGUCCCUUCUGGGGAUUCCAAGAAGGGUUUUGGAAAUGGUUCAGUGGUGUUAUGGACAAUGCUCUCUACCCUGUUCUGUUUCUUGAUUACCUGAAACAUUCCUUCCCUGUUUUGAACCAUGUAGCUGCUCGCGUCCCUGCUCUGUUAGGCAUUACCUUCUCACUGACGUAUCUGAACUACAGAGGGUUGCAUAUUGUCGGCUUUUCAGCUGUCCUGUUAGCUGUUUUAUCGCUCUGUCCUUUUCUUGUAAUGGCUUUGCUUGCUGUUCCUAGGAUCAAGCCUAAGCGUUGGCUCUUUGUGGAUUUCAAGAAAGUUAACUGGAGAGGGUACUUCAAUACAAUGUUUUGGAAUCUGAACUAUUGGGACAAGGCUAGUACUCUUGCAGGAGAAGUUGAGAGCCCUGGGGAGACGUUUCCAAAGGCUUUGUUUGGAGCGGUUUUGUUGGUCAUGGGGUCGUAUUUGAUCCCACUUAUGGCUGGGACUGGAGCUUUGAGCGAGUCUUCUUCAGGUGAGUGGAGUGAUGGGUAUUUUGCUGAGGUUGGAAUGCUUAUUGGAGGUGUUUGGCUCAAGGGUUGGAUACAAGCUGCUGCUGCUAUGUCGAAUCUUGGAUUGUUUGAAGCUGAGAUGAGUAGUGAUGCGUUCCAGCUUCUUGGUAUGAGCGAGAUUGGGAUGCUCCCUGCGUUUUUCGCCCAGAGGUCGAAGUAUGGAACACCAACGAUUAGUAUUCUGUGCUCAGCUACAGGAGUUAUAUUCUUGUCGUGGUUGAGCUUUCAAGAGAUCAUAGAGUUUCUGAAUUUCUUGUACGCGUUAGGAAUGCUUCUUGAGUUUGCAGCCUUUGUGAAGCUAAGGAUCAAGAAACCGGAUCUUAAUCGACCUUAUAGAGUCCCCUUAAACACCUUUGGAACUUUGAUACUGUGUUUGCCUCCUUCCUUGCUUGUGGUUCUUGUGAUGGUUUUGGCCGCCCCAAAGACGUUUUUAAUCAGCGGUGUAAUCAUUGUUGUUGGGUUCUGCUUGUACCCGUUCUUAGAACUCGUGAAGGAGAAACGAUGGGCGAGAUUCAUCCCAGAGGAAGGAAGACCAGUUUCAGGAGAACAUGGAGACGAGUCUUCUGCUAGUCUUCUCCGAUGAUCUCAAAAGACAGAUCAACAGAAACUAUUUUGCAUAGGUCUUAUAAAGAGACAUGAAAACUUUGUCUUGUAUAGUAUGUAAGAAUUCAGUUUAUUUAUGUCUUGUUCAGCUUUUGGCUUAGAGUACAUGAAAGUUUAUGUGUGGAAUUGUCUAAGAUUAUAGUAUGAUUAUGUAUGUAGUUAUUGAUUAAAGUACACAUUUUCUUUUACUGUCAACAUUUUCGUCAAGUCUUCUUA